GCGAACCAUCAAGUCUUCCCUACGGGCCAGAACGUUGAGGCACAGUACGUAGAAAUGAAGGUCCCUCUGUAUUCCUAUGGCUGUGAAAAGAAGAUAAAGAAGGCGUUGGCUCGUUUCAAAGGCAUCUAUUCGGUGAGUGUGGAAUACAACCUUCAGAAAGUGACCGUGUGGGGAAUAUGCGACCGAGACUCUGUGCUAGCUGCGGUAAGGAAGAAGAGGAGAGAAGCUCGCUUCUGGAGCGAGAUCGAAACCGAUCCCGUUCCCUUCGUGGAUGUCGCCACCGUACCUAUGCCUGAGAGGACGCCAAGGGAGAAGAAGCUCUUCUUGUGGAAAAGAAAUAAAAUCCAUUAACGACGGCAUGCUUGAGAAAAGGACCUUCCUUGCACAUAUAAUGAACAGAAACUAUUAAGAUGUGUAUAUUUAUCACUUUCUUAACCAUAAUCUGCGUUCUCUACUACAAUAAGUUGGAGAUCCAACCAAUUCGUUGUGCCUUAUGUAUAUUGGAUUUC